AUGUUUCCCGACGCUCUUGCCAACCUAACUUCUACCACUACCGUCUACGGCUGCUCGCUCAAUUCCGGUCGUCCAGUCAUAGACUGGACAUCGGAGUCAUUCGCGAAGAGCUCUCAGUUUAGUAUUCGGCAACCAGAUGGCAUGUACUCCGCAUCCUGUGAGUCUACCGGCCAAGAGGUCGAGAGCAAAGUCAUGGUAGUUCGAGGCAACGACGGCAAUGACAAUUUCAGUGGGUUGGACUUUAUUCUCCUAGGCCAGUCAGUAGAGCGAACGCUUGCAGAUCCCUCCAACUGCCCUACGAAAACUCUCUUCGCCCAAUCUAGAAGCAUGAUAGUGAGUAUCUAUAGCGGAGGCUCCUUGGCAAAGUCAACAAUAACGUCUGCAUGGAAUGCAAUCUCGUAUCUGCCAAUUCUCGGCCAUUCUACUCAGAUGCUCGUCGAGAUUUGCGAUGACAGUCGAGGACCUGAAAGGAUCUUAGGCAUUGCAAUUGACAUUCUCGAAAACCGCGAGCUGGUUGAAGAGUUUACUUUGGACUUUCACGUCCUCAGCUUCCGCGUCCUCAGAUUCCUCGUCCUCGGCCUUCACGUCCCCAGCCUCCGCAUCCUCAGCCUUCGCGUUCUCAGCCUAAGCGUCCUGGGCCACCUCAACAUCAGCCUAAGCGCCCUCGGCCGCCUCAACAUCAGCCUCCGCAUCCUGAGCCUACCUUCCAAAGCCGCGACCUGCAACGAUGUUCCGCCUGAGAAAGAAGUCGAUGUCGUCGCCUGGGACGAUACGAACACGGAUCUUAAUAUUCUUUGCAAGUUUGCCUGCAAGUACGGCCAUUGUCCACAAGAUAUCUGCACGAGCCGUAUCGAUGGACCAGAUACGAGUGACAUCGACAUCGUGGUAACCGACCCUGAGGACCCUCUCAACUAUAUCAGGCGUGUCAAGCAAAGCAAUUCGAAGAAUUGCAACAUCUACAAAGAGCCUCAACACUGGGACUACCAAAAGAAAAGUUGCGAUUCCAUCUGCAAGCCAGAAACUGAUCAAGCCAAGAAAGAAGGCAAAAUGUCUAAUGCGUUCUGCCUGGGCUUUUGGCCAAUCGACAAACCUAUCCCUUGGCAAAAGAUCGGCCCAGAUACGACAAUUGCUGGAGGGAAAUGCGAAUGCAACAACCCUCUGGUAAACGAAUUUGCAGAUAUCGUCUUGGAUGGCAUGCCACAGAUGGCUCAGAUCUCAUGCUAUAUUAUGAUGUCAACGCUGAAACUAGUGCUGGAAAUUGGUGUAGAAUUUAUUCCUGUGGUAGGCAAGCCAAUUAGCGCUGGCCUAGAAAUCGCCAACACGGCUGCUCAAAUGGCAGCAUAUCUUUAUCCCAAGGAAGAAGACCCUGAAGGCGCUUUCUCUUGGUGGCUUCAGCCAUGUGGCGGAACAAACUUGGUUCCGGAAGACAUCAAAAAAGUAUAUGACAUAUUGAGCAACUCGCCUGCUGGAAGAGACCGAUUCGAGAAGAAGAAGAAAUCGGAUAACCUCAAACAAGGUAGUGGCAAAAAGGGUGACGACAAUAACCCCACUGAUAGAAAGAUCCAAAAGGGGCGGAAGUGCAGGGUUCCACCAGCAAAAUCAACCAUGCGACUUGGGGCUGCUAAAAACACAUUGAGGAUACAAUCUUGUGUCAACGAUGCGACAAGGAAAAAUGAUUUAGUUGUAACAUCGGUUGUCUACGCACCCAACGCCAAGCCGACUGUUGUGGAGAGAGAAUGUAGCCAAAAAUGGUCUCAAGCUUGCUUCCAUUAUAGUUCGGCUAUCAAGGUCAAUCCGCAAUGGGCUACUCUAACUUGUCCGCCUGAAGCCGCGGCAACGGCGUGGCGCUUAGAUGCAGAAGCUGUGCCAGCCUUUCAGAAGCAACAUAAAGGUGAUAGAUGGCUGGAUGAAGUCAAAUCGAACCCUAAUAAGGUAGAUUGCGACAAAGACGAAUACCCACCUGCAUAUCUUCUAGGACUACAGGACCCAGCCCGCCUCAAUUCUGGUAAGAAUGCACAGGGACAACUAAUUCGUCUAAUCCCAGGAGGAAUGAAUCGAGGAGCAGGACAUAUGUGGAAAGGAAUAUGUCUUGGUGCCGCCAUCGAAGACAUGAAGGACUCCGAAUUCAAGGCCAAAGUCGAUGCCGAUCCCAACAGGAAGACCAUCAUACAAGGCGGCGUGACAAGAACUCAGGCCGCUAUCACGGCUACAGUUCGGCCAGAAUUUACCAUUAACAAAUGGGGGCAUGCUGCCAACCCACCAGCGAACGAUGGUCUGGAGCUCAAUACUUGUUGGCCAAACAAUAUUGCUGCGGGCGACCCAGGCUUUGCCUUGUUAACAUUUGAUCCAUACUACAACACCCACCCGCGACUAUACAAUUACAGUAUACCAUAUGUUAAAGGUUCGAAUGGUUCCUGA